CCAUCAUGUUGAUAAGUUUAUGAACUACCUUAGAACAACGGAUUAAUUUAAACAAUGGUUUCACAGAGUGGUAGACUCAAGGGAAAGAAUAGGGUAGAUUCCUCAGUCAGUGAUGGAAUUCAAAGUGUGCAGGAUGAUAAAGGAAGCUCCAGAACACCUGGCCAGUUCCAUACAGACAUAUGGGUGACGCUUGCUAUACAAAACUGGAUUUUAGAUUUUGGACGACCAUUUGCUAUGCUUUUUGUACCGCUUGAGUGGUUUCCACUGAACAUGCCAAGUGUUGGAGACUAUUUUCACAUGGCCUACAAUGUUAUAACACCAUUCUGCUUGCUAAAGCUUCUGGAGAGAAGUUCUAAGAAAAUGUCAUCCACAUGGUCAUACUUGGCCGUGAUCUUGUUUGUAAUGGGUGCCAGCAUACACCUAGUUGGGGAUUCAGUGAACCAUAGACUCAUUCACAGUGGUUACCAGCUCCAUCUAUCUGUCAGAGACAAUCCAAUAAUGCAGAAUUUAAAGCCCAAAUCACUGAUAGAUUCCUUUGAACUUCUGUACUUCUAUGAUGAACACCUAGGACAUUUGAUGUGGUAUAUUCCCUUCUUUGGUGCCUUGUUCCUGUAUUUCAUGGGGUGUUUUGUCCCCAAGAAGUCUGCACAAGAUACCAAACUCAAUGCAGCCCAAUGGGUUCUGGUGUACAUCAGUGCCCUCUAUUAUUGGUACUUAGUAACAGAGGGGCAGAUAUUUGAAGUAUUCCUGCUGACAUAUGUUGCUAUGGUGAUAUACAGAGCCACCUAUCAGUCAACCACAAGUAUAUUGGAUGUAAAUGGACAAUUCCUUAUAGCUACAUUUUCAAUGACUCUGGGCCUUGUGAUUGGCUGGGUGGCCUGGCUUUGGAAGGACCCCAUAUUGAGAGAGAAGUACCCUGGUAUUAUAUAUGUUCCUGAGCCUUGGGCCUAUUACACUUUAUAUGUGAAGGACAAAAUGUAAACCAUCAGAGGCAAACCAUAGAUUUUGGGUAAAAAACAGCAUUAAUACCAAUUCAUUUUUUACUUCCCCAGAGCACAAAUCUUUUUAGGGGGGGGGGUCUUCUCUUAAGAAGUCUGAUUGCAUUAUUUGGGCAUGUAAACAGGGCAAUGAAACACAGACAAUUUGAAUCGAUUAGCAUGCACAAUUUUUAUUAAACCAUCAUUAUAAUUAAAUUACUCAUUUGUGCUUUCGGUGAGCUACUGUAUGACUUAAUCCUAGUUAUGCUAAAAUUGUGCAUGAUGUUUCUCAAUCAAAUUGGCUAAAAAUUCACUAAAAAUUAUAUAGAAUUCACUAUUAAAUAUACUCUAUUUUCUUUUUU